AUGCAUGAUUCUGAUAGCAAUUACAACAUUCUGGAUGAUUAUAAUGAAUUAGCUCUUGAGAGAGCCAAAUUAUUAGCUAGUGAAAAAGAAAAUAAUUAUGAUGAGGAUAUUGAGUGGGAAAAUCUAGAUUAUAAAUCUUUUGAAACAGUAUUAGUUGCAACAGGAUUAACAGAAG